AAAGUGACGUCACACAAUUUUCUGCCCUGAGAAUAAGGAAGACAGAUAAGGGUGGAAACCAACACUUUCUUAGUUUUGGAUCAGUGAUAUCUGAAAUCUUUUUGUCUUUAUGUAAAUAAUGUCCGAUAUACAUGAAUCAAAUAUGGAAACAAGCUGUAUAGAAGACAAUGAUAAAAAGAUUGAAGGAACACAGUUAUUGCCAUCCUCAUUAAAUAAAGAAUUAUUGGAAUCAGAAGAAUUUAUUAGAGACAGAGAUUUAUGUAUGAAAUAUUUUGAAAAUUGGUGUGAAGGGCAGCAAGUUGUUUUUGUUGAACAUUUACUUUCUCGUAUGUGCCACUAUCAACAUGGACAAAUUAAUGCCUUUCUCAAACCUAUGUUGCAGAGAGAUUUCAUUUCAGCUUUGCCAGCCAAAGGCCUUGAUCACAUAGCAGAAAAUAUAUUAGCCUACCUAGAUGCUAAGUCUUUAUGUGCUGCUGAGUUGGUAUGCAAAGAAUGGUACAGAGUCAUUUCAGAAGGAAAUCUGUGGAAAAAACUAAUAGAACGUAAGGUACAUACUGACAGUCUGUGGAAAGGUCUUUCUGAAAGACGAUCAUGGGAUCAAUACCUCUUCAAACAGAGGCAUGGAGACACAUCAAAAGAUCACAAGUUUUACAGAAAUCUUUACCCACAGAUUAUUGAAGAUAUAGAUCGGAUAGAAAAUAACUGGAGAACUGGACGUCACCAACUACAGAGAAUCCAUUGUCUAAGUGAAACAAGCAAAGGUGUAUAUUGUUUGCAGUAUGAUGACCAUAAAAUUAUUAGUGGAUUAAGAGACAACACAAUUAAGAUCUGGAAUAGACAUACAUUAGAGUGCAUUCAAGUUCUAACUGGUCACACAGGCUCUGUUCUAUGUCUCCAAUAUGAUGAAAAUAUUAUAAUAUCUGGUUCAAGUGAUUCAACUGUCAGAGUGUGGGAUGUGCACUCAGGUGAAAUGAUGAAUACACUGAUACACCAUUGUGAAGCUGUUCUUCAUCUCAGGUUUUGUGAUGGUAUUAUGGUGACAUGCUCCAAAGAUCGAUCCAUUGCUGUUUGGGAUAUGCAGUCACCAACUGAAAUCAAUCUUCGAAGAGUAUUAGUUGGUCACAGAGCAGCAGUGAAUGUAGUAGACUUUGAUGAGAAAUAUAUUGUAUCAGCAUCAGGAGAUAGAACUAUAAAAGUAUGGAAUACUUCAACUUGUGAGUUUGUUCGAACACUUAAUGGGCACAAACGAGGAAUUGCCUGCUUGCAAUAUAGAGAACGGCUAGUUGUCAGUGGAAGUUCAGAUAACACAAUUAGGCUUUGGGACAUAGAAUGUGGGGCUUGCUUAAGAGUGUUGGAAGGACAUGAAGAACUAGUCAGAUGUAUACGAUUUGAUAGCAAAAGAAUAGUUAGCGGAGCUUAUGAUGGCAAAAUCAAAGUAUGGGAUUUGCAGGCAGCAUUGGAUCCAAGAGCACCUGCAGCUACACUUUGCUUAAGAACACUUGUUGAGCACUCAGGACGUGUAUUUCGCUUACAGUUUGAUGAAUUUCAAAUUGUGAGCAGCUCACACGACGAUACUAUUUUAAUCUGGGACUUCCUGAAUGUUCCAGUGCCAGAAGGUCAGAGGUCACCACCACGAAGCUAUACCUAUGUAACCAAAUAAUUACUUUUGAUAAUUCAACUAAAUACUUAUACUUGUAAGUUUUAACAUCAAGACAGAUCUAAUACAUCAUGACAGAUCUAAAAAGAUUCUUUCAAACAUUGUAGUGAGGGCACUUCCUCUAUUUGUACACGACCUAAAUUUCAUGAAAGUGUUGCUGUGAUCUUGCAUUUGUCCCUUCUAUCCCCCCUCCCCUAGUGGGUUUUAUUUAUUAUACUUUUAGACACAUUUUAUUGUAUGCACAAUUGAGUUCAUUACAAUUAAACAUUUUAACUGAUGAGAUUCUGAUUGUGUCAAUAAAAUAUUGUCUCUUUUUUUGCUCUUUAUAUAAACAUUGAAGAAACCAACUGAUAACAAAAAGAUAUGGUUGCAUCUAUCUUUGUGUGUUUUUAUAUGAAAGAUGCUACCCAUAUAUUCAAUGAUAUUUGUAUAAAGGUUUUGUUACACAAUGCAGUCUGUUCCACAUAAUUUGUUGUCUCUUUGUUUAGCCGAUGUGGAAAAUGCAGUUAUCAUAUAAAAAGUUUUUAUUCCGAUUGUACUGUCAGUGAGUCUGAAUAAAUCAUUAAGUAUUACACUAUUCAGCCUCAUAAAUAUUUUUUACUAGUGAAACUGAUUUGAUUUUACACUGUAAAUUAUUAACACUGGAUCUUAAUUUCAUUGAAUUUUUCUUCUUAAAUUAGAUUCUUAGAUUUCCCGUGCUCCUUGUUAGUAUCAGUAGUCGAUUCAGUGUAAUGAUAACAUCAAACAUGUAGACUUAAUUACAACUUGUCUAAUGAUCCCAUGACUAAUAAAUAAAGUUAUUAAUUGUAGCUAUUUUCAACAUUUCUUUUAUUGACCUUUAUGCUGACAUUCAAAUAAUGAAACCAAACACACUUAUUUCCUUAUAGUUUGUAUAACACAACAGAUUGUCCAAAUACUAUUGUUAGAGUUGCACAAAUCUAUCUGGAUCAGACAUUAGGCUGAGACUAUUUUAAGAGACUAUUUUAAGCCUAGCAGUGACUAUACUUCAAUACCCAAUUGAUAAUAGUGCCAAUGUGCCAUAAACCUAAUUUAUGUACACUUGUAAACACCAGACUUUUCUUAUGACUGGAACAUGAAUCCUUUUAUUUGUUAGCCAUAUUCUAGAACAACCUCUCCCAGUUGUUAAGAAUAAAAAAGGUUGAAACUGUGCAUGGAAUGUGAAGUGCAAUCAUUGCCAAUAACUAGAAUGUUUUGCACAUUUUGUAAAAUAUUGAUGUUUUCAGACAGUAUCCUAAUCUUAACCCUACUAGUUGUUUCUGGAUAAAAAGGCCACUUGAACUAUAGAACAUACAAGUUUGAGAAAGUGUGCUUUAUAUAUUUAUAUAAAUAACAAUUAAUUAAUGGACUAAUUUUUUCCUGGUGAGUAUGGUUUACAUUGUGGUUUAAAUUGAUAUCUUUGAUUGGAUUAAGUUGGCUUUGAAUCUCUCUUGAUGUUUAUAUGCCAUUCUUCUGUUGUGAGAGGUGAAAUGUGUAUAUGUGCUGUUUUGUUUUUCACACAAUCAUUUUGGAUGGCUGUAGACAUUUGAUAAGUUUGGAGAAGUUGGGUUAUGUGUUUCUAUUCGCAGUAGUAGUUUUAGUUUUGUUUCUUGAAGACUUUCCAUUAUUAGACUUGAUUCAGCUAAAUUGAACACAUUGUAACAACUAUUGGUUGCCUACUUUUUUUCUGGAACUCAAAUUUGUCAUUGUCUUUAUAUGAUAUGCCUUAGAAGUAAAUGUUGGAUUCAUUGAGUAUCUCAUGCCAGCCUGCAUUCCAAACCUCAUUUGAUAUCAUCAUCAUGUUUGUCAACUAACGUACCCGAGUUGUAUAGUAACCUGUCAUGAAGUCUUUUCUUAUUUCAAAAGGUGGCGUCAUAUCAGAUUUGGGGGAUGGUAAAACCAUUUCAUAUAAGCUACGCGUUAUCUAUAUGACCUCUAUUGCAGACUCAACAUUUCCAAUAUAAUUGAGUGAUAUCAUUAAUCUGUUUCGUUCUAUUUCUGUCAAUGCACCAUGAACAUUUUCUUCUUUCUUGUUCUAGUUCAAUAAAUGAACAUGGUAGCAGGAAAAGUAUACUUUUAAUAAUGUUGAUUAUUGUGUUGAAAAUUGUGUAUUGCUAAGUACAGUAAUAAUUAUGUUCAUUUCAUCCGUCAUUUUCAUUUGUAAAAUAAACCACUAAUUAACUCA